AAGAAUUGAACUCCAAGCUUCAAGCUGAGAAUACUGAACUUAGAAACAAGAAUGCUAAAUUAAGACAAGCUUUAGAAGGACAUGAAACCAGAAUCACGAAACUAGAACAGGGAGAAAAUAGUAUUUCUACAAAAGAUGUUUUGCAAUCUUCGGUUAAUAUAAUCUCUACUAAAACAGAAAAUUCUAACGAUGCUCCUGCAUCCGAUAUAUCUGACAACACUUCAAGUUCUGAUAUUUCUGAACAGGUAGAAAAUAGGUCAAAUACAUGCCAGGAUAGAGAUAGCCAAUAUUCUGCACCUCCUAUUCCCCCCGAAACAAAUUCUAACGAAAGUUUGUUGUCAAAUAAUGUAGCAGUAGAUGAGAAAAAUACUGCUGGUCGGAAG